GCAAAAUGUAAGAAACCCUGUUCGCAGGCUGUUAUUACACAGAAUGAUUUCUCAAUUUUACGACCAGUAAAGAACGCAUGGGAGGGGAGGCAUGGAAGCAGCAAAUUAUUCUACUCUACUUGAAGUUUUUUUUAAUAUUCCCCUACUUUUCAUGUUUGCUCAAAGCUUAGCUGGCCUAUGACCUAAUAAAAAAUUUCCUAGAUCGGAAAAAGAAGAAACUACAAAAAUUACACUUUUAAAUAAAUGAUAACCGAAUUUCUGUUCAAAGAACAUCAACAAACGCCACUUUUAUUUGACCCCCCCGUCCAGUGUACAAUUUGUUGUUGCUAGGCGACGUUGUUUACAGCAUGGACGACAGAACUUAAAACGCAACUAGGUAUCAAUUUUUUUAGAAAUGCCAAAGAAAACAAAGAAAGGAAAGGCUGGAAAGGGCAAGAAAGAAAGUAAAUCCAAAAAUUCCGAAUCGAAAAAAGAUGCUAUACUCAAAGAUGCUACGGCUAACGCUUUGUUUUGGGAAAGUCGGUUGGAGUCGACCGAGAGGGUAAAAAAAGAGUACCGAGACAAUGCUAGAAAGCUAUGCCUAGAAAAUGAGAGCUUGCAAAACAAACUCAAACAUGCAGAGAAAGAUACAUUGCAAGUAAUCACAUUUCUUAAAGCCGAGGAUGUGAAGAAGGAAGAUCAGAUUUCCAAAUCAGAACAACAGUUGAAAGAUUACAAAAAGAACUCAAGUCUAGAAAAAGACCAACUGAUUGAAAAAUACACGAAGCAAAUCCAUGACUUGAAGGAAGCUUUAGAUGAAAAAACUAAUGAGGUUCGACUAAUGCAAUCAGAACUUCGUCUGGUGAAAGAAUUUCGUAAGAAAAGAGCGCUGAUGCAACGAGAACUAGAGGAGAUCAAAGAUAGUAUGUUUGCAACGGAGAAAAAACACAAAACGAUCUUAAGUAAAAUGGAGCAGAAAUUUUUUGAAGAGAAGAUACGCUUACAACAAGAAGCAAACCGUAAAAUCUCGGAAUUGGCAGAAAGAGCUCAUUCUGAAGCUGUGAAUAAUCUGGACGAGACAACGCGAUCUGUAUACAAAGAAAACAUUCGAAUUAACGCCGCUUUGGAGUAUCACAUGACUGAGUCAAAAGAUUUAAGAAAGAGUAAAGCAACGCUGGAAGGGCAAAAACGAGAGCUAGAAAACGACAAGGAGUUAAACGGCUUGAUUGUUCAAGAAAAAGUGGUCGAAUCCAAACAUCAAAAGAAAACGAUAAAAGAGUUAAAGGAAAAGGUUGAGAUGCUAGAAAAGUCAUUGAGCCACGUCAUUCGUGAAUUCGAUGUUGAGAGAACGACAAUAGUAAAAAGGUCUACUGACGACAAUAAGCAUGCUGUAAACGAAAUCGCACGUUUAAACAAAAUGAUCGAAUUGAAAACGAAGGAAAUGAAUCGAGUAAAACGAUUGGCCAAGAAUAUUUUGGAUCAGCGAAACGAAAUUGAGCAUUUCCUUUUGGAUUCUUUGGAGCAUGUGAAAAACGAAAUCGCCAAAAACAGGAGUCAAUACAGAAAAGAUGCGCACGCAGCUUACCAAGAAAGAAUGUUGGAAGCCCACAGCGGUCGAGGAAAUUACCCGAAGAUAAGAACAUUUAACAAAUGGGACACGAGCACAAACAGUGUCUUUGACGAUCUUAAAGAAGCGGAAAUAUGGACUGGAUUUGAAGAAAGAGUUGAUAUCAACGACUUAACCUGGGAGCAGAGAGAGCGCGUUCUCAGACUAUUGUUCGCGAAACUUAAUGGACACAAGAGUAAACAGAGGCGUCCUGUUCGUGCCCUUGAAGAUAGCAAUGAAUCGAAGCUUUGUAUUCCUGAGGAAACAAGAAUGAAGUCGGAAGACUUACUACCAGAACAGUCAAGUGCAACGAAUGCAACAUUCAUAACACAACAACCUUUUCCGAGCCUCGACUCUCGAGAACUACCGGCAAUAGCUCGGUAGCGAGAGUUGGGACACAUGUGAUCGACUUGAUGCUAAUUUUUACAACAGAUGAAAUAAAUUCCUUUUUGUAUUUA